CAGAUUACCUCCUCGUAAUCCUCACCGAACUCGUCCCAUCUUCCUCUAGCGGCCCUCCCAAAAAGUAUGACUCUCACCAUAUAAUCCACGUUGCAAUCCGCGCAUCUCCGUUUACAGUUACAUUCGGGUCCCGACAAACUCAUAACAAGAAAAGGAGAAACAAAAUCACAAUGAUAUGUAUGACCAACACCGCUGCCAAGGACAUCGUCGCGAAAUGCUCGCUGUUCGCUGCCUCUUCGGAAAGAAUUCCGUUGAACGCCAGGAGCCAUAAUUAACCCACCUUGUCAGGAACAAGACCCUCCAUCUCCCCGCUGACUUUAAUCAAUCAACAAGGCGUUGAGGGUAUCUCCGCCAUUCGCAGAAUUCACUCCUAGGCUGCAUUCUCUUUCGUCAUCUUGCUGUUGAUGCUCGCUCACCUCCGUGACUCAGUAACAGUGAUGCAAGCCACUGACGCGAAUACCACCAACACAAUGACUGACCGCCUCGUGUAGAGACAAGAGUCUUCAGGCUUGGACUGAGCCUAAGCUGCCUAUUCCAGCAAGCCAGCCCCAAGCCGGGUGGAGCGCCGCGCAAGCCUCGCCGUGACCUUGUCUUAACGCCGCUCGUUCAACCAUGUUUACCAGAACAAUAGUCAUCGAUGUCUCAUAUCACGAAAAAUGACAGUAAUUUCGGAGGAAAAAAGUCACACCAAGAUUACACCGAUUUCAACAGGAUCUAUGUAGUCAUGCGUACCCCAUUUGCUCAGGCGGGCGCAGAAAUCGCUGUACAACAUCGCCGCCCAAAAAUAAUUACAGUGGUGUUUCUGAAAAUGUACGUAUAUAAUUUAAAAUAAGUUGACUGACUACCAAUCGGCUUAAUGCUCCCUCUUCAGAGGGCGGAGUGUCGGAGUGGUUAUCGAGAUAGACUAGAAAUCUAUUGCCUUCGGGCGCGCAGGUUCGAAUCCUGUCUCCGUCGAUUACUUUUUUUGCCUUUUUUUUUUCGAUCCGGCGCUUUGUGUGGGUAACACCGUUUUUGUUGGACGCUGUCACUUCACAACUCUUUUUUUUUUCUCAUUCUGGAACCUGCGUCUCUAUUUCGUGUUGCUAUGACCUUUAUGGUGUCCAGCAAACUCUUCGCAUGAGUGAAGAUGCACUACAUUCGUCUGCUCCGCUCACCACAGCUGGUCCGCGUGCCUGGUGCUCUACGUCUAGAACUGCUGGUCACAAUCACCACUGAUCUUGGUGAUAGCUUUUUGCAGACAGCUGAUACUGUAAUUCUCCAAGUCACGGCAUUUGUCAAGACACCAACGGGGACUGCAGGCUAUGUUCUCGGUGCAAAAGAUGCCACACUGCAAUGGCGGCCCUCAGCUCGAGUCGCCAAGCCGGUGCUAGACAUACCCAAGCCAGUUCUGCAGGCAUUGGUAGCUAAGCAGCAAGUCGAAAUUUGUGUUGCACCUUCAGAUUCAUCAUUCAUAGCUUCUAGUAUCGGCAAUAUACUGGCAGCGCCGACCCACGGCCAGAUUAUGCCUGCGUGGACAACCUUGGCUGCCAAACCGAUAGGUCCAUCAGCUUUGAGACGAAGAAUUAUCAUCACACACUCCCAGAACGACUACAUUGAGGUGGAGGAAGAGAUUGGUGAGAGUAUUGCGCGGCAUAUUUGGGAUGCAGGCGUCCUCUCACUUUGCAGUAUUGUCUCCUCGAUCGCAGUCCCGUCACUACCUGCUGCCAGAGACCCAUGUAUGAAGGCGGUUUAUAAAACAUUGCAAGCCGGUGCAAAUAUUCUGGAACUGGGAUGUGGUGUUGGAAUCUUGGGCAUUGGUAUUGCCCAGGUAUUGCGGCAAUCACAUAUGAAGCACUCUUCUACACUGCUCAUGACGGAUCUCGACGAGGCGCAAGAGAGGGCGGAGUCCAACAUUCAUAUGCUGUCGCAACGAAAUUCCGGAAAGACAAAUGUUUGUGUCGAGUACGAGAACUUGGACUGGGAAAAGGGAAGAAUUGGCGAUUUCACGGACAAGGUUCGUGCGUCUGCAUGGGAUCUGAUUAUUCUCAGCGACUGCACCUACAAUGCCGACAUGCUCCCGGCGUUAGUUGAGACGCUGUCCGCCAUUCACGAAUCAAAUCAAAGAGUCAAGGGGUCAGCAAAGACACAGGUCUUCAUGGCAACUAAGCCAAGGCACGAUUCAGAGCGAGCAUUCUUCUCGUUGCUGGAUAAGGAGCAUUGGAAGGCUGUACACAAGCAGAUUAUUCCGCUACCCGUAAUCGAGGCGGAGGCUCAAACUAUAGAAAUGUAUCUAUUUGAAAAGAUAUAAGAUAGAAUUAAUGACUGAGUGACUUCUAAAGAUUUCGUGACUUGCGAGACAGCAGGCAAAAGACAGAAGUGAGCUUUUGCACCGAUU